AUGAAAAAAAUUGGGAUAAACUCCUCAUCGGCCGCGUCAGAUCUCAAGCUCGUGCUUAAAAGGCUUGAGGAGCAACCAUGUCAGCAGCAAGAACAGUCAUUUCAAAAUUCUUUUUCUCUAUUUCUGGGGAGUGCUCAAGAGCAAGGAGAAGAAUUUUCUGACCAAUGUAAUCUGCUAUGCAGUUUUGUCGAACAGUGCAAUAGGUCACAGUCCUCUACCCUCCAGAAAAUCUCUACAUCUGAAAAAGUUGGAUACGAACUCUUCUGCUUGUUUCUUGAACUUAGGGACAAGAACCUACACCGAUCUAUGCGCAGGAUUCUAGGACUAGUAUCAACGCUGCUCAUCUUCAACCACGACAAGGCUUUAUCGAAUGCCUUAAAAGAUUCAAUAAUCAAAAGAACUCUAUCUGUUAUUUGCCAUCAGUCAUCGAAGCCCUCCGUGAAACUGGCUUUGAAGUCACUGGAAUUCUUCCUGGGGAAAGGUACAAUUUUAAUAUCUGAACUUAUCCUAAUCUAUCGAAAAAUAGUUUCAUUUCCAAAAGCUAGUCUGUGCGCUGAGGGCAACACCUCAAACUUUUAUUGCGACCAUUUUAUAUCAGAAAUAUUCAAAUGGAUGUCUAUGUCCGAAAUAUCUCCCACUGCAGGCAAGUUACUUGUGAUAAUUUUCCAAGAGACCAGGAACUAUUCACAGAACUCCAGCUUUGCGGAUAUCAGCCUUAUUUCAUGGCAGAACUGGAUUCAAAGAGCCAUACAAAAGGAGCCAUACUUAUUAGAAAAUGUGAAGAAUCAUCUACUACCAACCCUCUUUAGCUCAGACAGAUUGGGGUCCCUAGAAUUUCUCGAAGAUCUCAACAGAAAAAUCGUAGAACCACAACCACAAAGCAAAGAAUUCGAUACAUUGAUCCUUCUUAGACUAACUGCUCUAGAGAUUGGUAAGAAGAUGGGCUUAGUAACCGAUCCAGCCAAUAUGCUCUUCAAAGCACCUAUUAAAUCAUCCAAAUAUAUAGUUCUCGAUGAAAAUAAACUUGAACCUCUGCUCAGUCAUGCAAGCCCUGCUGUUCGCUCACUCUCGUAUUCCGUCUUGGUCUCUUCAGCAUCUCCUCUCAAGCCAUUCAGCCCACUUUCUCUGCGAAUAAUUGAGUCUAAGAUCCAUAUUUUGUACUCUGAUACCGAUGUCAAGUUUCGAAAUGAAAUACUAAGUACAUCAAAAAAGCUCAUAGAAAGGCUUAGGGGAUCUACAACCUUUCUCUACAGGGAGAUAAUCUCAAUAAAGUCUCAGCUAAGCAAUGGUACCCCACUCGACACUCAAGCUUUAUACAAUUUAGAGCAAGCUCAGAGCUUACUUUAUCAUCAGCGGCACUUUAUAAGGUGGAUUCUUGAGUUCUUACUAGGUGAACUGGUUCCAACUGCCUCGUAUCAACGUCAUUUUACGUCUUUAAAGACAAUAUCCUUGUGGAUUAGUUCUGGAAUAUUAAAAAAUAAGGCAGACUUACUGCAAGCUAAGCAAGGAAGUAACGAAACAGCAUGGUCAUUCUUUAUAUUCCUUUUCUCCCCAGAGGCAUUGAGGCUUCUUAUGGACCUUCUUGUCGAUCCCUUUGAGGAUAUUCGGAACCUUGCAAGUAGCAUUUUGGAGAACUGGCCCUCCUGCGAAUUAUUGGAAACAGAAAACUCGUCAGAUAAUUAUUGGAGGGAGGAAAUAGUCGUCUUUCCAAAUUUCACCCGUCGAACAAAACCUUCAUCUUUCGGUACUGAGCUGGACUCAGAACACUGUGAACGACUUGCUAUUGUAGAAAAUUUUCUGAAAAGAGCAGAAAUGAUCUCAAAUAAAACUGGCCGUGCAGAUUACGCAGAUGGACUAGCAAAGGCUUAUAAGCUUUAUUAUUCCCUACAACUCUCUGAUCUAGGAAGAUUAGAGCUUCUCUCUGAGAUGAUAGAAUCACUAGAUAGAAAAGUAAAAAUCGCUAAGAAAAGUUUGUCCCAAGCUGUUCAAGCUGCUCCUAUUCAUGGUAACUUUGCCACUCUUAAUUUAAUAUGGGAAAGUAUAAACCCAGAAUCACUUUUAUUUACCACAGAAAAAUUUGAUCAUAAUUGGCUUUAUAAUAUACAACAAAGAAUCGUUGAUCUUUGUUGUCAAAUAUGGAUAUCCGUAGGACAUAUUCUCUGUAAUGAUUCUCCGGAAGGUCACAUACCAGAAGAAGACUUUGAAUCUGAAGUAACAGAUUCUAAAAAUAUAUUGAGCUAUAGUUUCAGGGCUAUACAUGAAUCUAGCAAACUUCUGAGGACUUUGGUCAGGAAAAUUGUUAAUUAUGCUGCUUGUAGCCUGACGUCGUAUAAUAAUCUCUUCUCUAUAAUCGGAGAUAUUACGUUUGACCAACUUUCUAAACUUAGGCAUAGAGGUGCUCUGUCUACUGUUUCAUUAACAUUUAUUACUUGUUGUGAACUGGUCCCAAAAUGGCAAAUAAACGUUGCAGGUCCGAGGAAUACUUUGGAUAAAUGGCUUGAGGGGGCUUUUGUUUGUUUACAGACACAAUUCUCUACAACAAGACGGUCUGCUGGGAUACCUUCUAUCCUAACAGCAAUUAUGUCAGUUAUGGCAAAAAACGACUUCGAGAAGACUUUUAUAAAACUUCUUAAGAUAUCUGAGAGUGAAACUGAAUACUUGGGUGUAGACCAAGAGCAACUUCCACAAGUUCAUGCACUCAACUGCUUGAAAGAAGUUAUCAAAUCUACUAGUACGAGCUCUAAAGUAAAUGCCUAUAUCUCAGAAAGCUUUGAGGUUGUCGGAAAAAAUAUCGGGUCUCCAAUAUGGGCUAUCAGGAACUCCUCUUUAAUACUUCUUCGGAGUUUAAUUGAUAACUUAAUGGGUACUAGUGAUAGUAAAUCUACUAGUGAGACAGGCUGGGAUGGGAAAUCUACAAAGAUUCAGUAUGAAAAAUACCCCACACUAUCUCGUAUGCUUUUGCAACUACUUCAGAAUGAAAGAAACGCAAUGAAUGAAGGUAUCUCUUAUGAUCCUGCCGCGCUUCCUGCCAUAGGAAUUAUUCGGAGGGCAGGACCUCCACCUGAGCUUCGUGAACAUUUAUACGACUUGUUAUUCGAAAUCCUCAAGAGUAAGGUAUGGCAUCUCCGAGAACAAGCGGCUAGAGCAAUUUCAACUAUUCAGGAACGUACCACUGAGCUCGAGACGGUCAAAACACUACUAAAUUAUUCAAGGGACUCAUCAAACGAACAACAUGGAUCAAUACUUGCCGCGAAAUUUAUAGUAGAACGGAUUAUAACCACCUCUUACCCAUUAGAUUGUUUUAAUAAUCUAUAUAUUGAAAUAAACCGACAAAUAUUUAAAAUCUACAAUCCCUCUGUGCUCUCAGAGUAUCUUGGUAUAGGAAAUAUAGUCUUAGGUCAUAUCUUGACCCACUCAGAUUUAAAUAACAAAGAAGAAUUUGACGUCUAUAUCCGGAAACUCUCAGAGAGGUGCUGGGAUUCUGAAAGGUCUGAAUGCCUUUUACAACAUCUUAUAGAACUUCAAUUUGGAUCGGCAUCUGUCAUGUUCAGAUGUUACCAAGAAUACAUCAAACAAAAGUUUCUAAUUGCGAUAAUUUUAAAAGACAAUUUUACUGCAAUCCAUUUAAUAUAUCUUAUUCGAAGUUUUGGCUCCGAUAUGAUAGUAUCAAUACUCGAGCAUAUUAUAUCAGCCUUCAAAAAUGAAAUUCAUAUUGACUCAUUUAUAGAGAUUCAUCCUAUUUUAAUUCGAGUUCUGGAAAUUAAUAGUGAAGCAGCUGUUAUUUGUUGUGUUGUAGAUAUGGUUUCUUAUAUCUUCACAGCCUGUGGAGAGGAUCUGACGAAAAGGAUUGAGAUAUUUCAGCCCUUGAUUGAGAGACUCGAAGAUUCUAUAAUUUCGGUUUAUAAAAUAACCCCAGCUCUGGUCAACGUAGGGCUUAAAUUUAGCGGCUAUUCGGCUCUGCUGAGACUUAGCACGCCUUCACUUACGCGGGCAGAAAAAAGUCAAUUUAUACAGAACUGGGCAAGAACCUUAGAAAGGGCAAGCCAAACCAAUCAGAACUUUGAUUCCCGCUAUGCAGCGGCUCAUGCAAUCCAAGCAUUUUACGCGUGCAACCAUGUAAAACUCGACCGAAUUGAAAUCAAGAAAGUUACCUCAAAGCUUGAUUUAAUCCUUGUUACUCUGCUAGUUGAUGAUGAUGAGCAGAUACGCCACAUAGCAGCAAUGACUGUUUCUAGCUUUUUAGGACGCUCUUUCGCCCCUUUAGCCGCUUUAGAUGCUCUUUUCAAAUACCGAAUCCCGAAUACUGAUCAGUGUGAUCAAUUCAGCUGGGUCUGUCUCCAUCAGAUUAUUGUAUUUGAUCUUUCAACAUCGAAAUGUAACCCACUAGAUCCCGGAAUAGUACUUAAUAAUGCGUUAACUAUCGAUUACUCCCUUUUUGCUGUUGAGGAACCAAAUCUCUUCAUUGAUCCGUGCAAAAUGGUCAACUACUAUAGCAAAAGUUUCCUUGAGUCUCUGUUUAAUCAUGAGGCCGAGCUAAAGUCUCUUAACUUGGGCCUCUUGUCUGAAUUUGAAAUUUUGUUAUCAUGGGCCGCAUCUGGGCUGAUGGAGUUACAACGGAUAAACCUUAACCGCGAAGUCUCUAGUAUACCUACUUCGCUAAAGGACUCAAAAUCCUCGAUUUUACCUGUGUUUGUUACGAUUUGGAAAAUAAUAGCUGCCGGAAAAACCGCUCGAUCUUACUGGCAAAAAAAUAGGCAUUCAAUAAAUAAAUUUAAGGAUAAUUCUACUGUUGAAAAAGCCGUGGUGGAAAGAUGGAGCAAAUUGCUUGCACAAAUCGAAGAAGGGUUAGUGAAGGUCUCAUGCCGGCCUGACAUUCAUGAAUCAUUAGGACGCUUCGCUGCUAAUGACUACCUGAUGCACGAUCCUGUAUGA